AUGUUGGAGAAGGAGCGCGUCGGAACCGCGCGACUCGGCCACCCGGCUGCAGGCCGGCGGCUCCCGGCGGGCGGUGCCGGCGCCAGUGGGGGCCUCGGCGCCCCGGGCUCCUUCCGGGCUCUCCCGCCCGCCGGGCUCCCCGCCGGCUCCGGAGGCGGCAGCGGCGCGGCCCGGGGCGAAGCGGCUGUGGGGCCAAAUUGGGCGCCGGGCGCGAGCCGAGGCCGCCGCGGACCCCGCAAUCCCGCAGCCGGAGACUGGAGCCCACCUCUGCGGAGACAAAGGUUGGAGUGCCAUUCCUUUCACUCUUCUCAUGGAAGCUGCUCCAGGGAACCCCAGCUGAAGAUGCAUGAGGAUUCAGCAAACAGUGGGAAACCAGAGGACACAAGUUUGGAUGUGAAAUAGUAACACCUUCUGCAGUGAAGAAUAAUUAAAUAUUUUAAUUACACAAGAUCGAGCAUGU